AUGGACCGGUCGCGCGAGGAUCUUGCCAACAACAUUUGCAUCGGGGAGUCGCAGCGCUACUUCGGGCAGUCCGCGAAUAAGCGCAUGAAGAUCGAAGAGAAGGCCUACCUCGAGAUGUGCGUCGCCACCAAGAUGGAGGGCGCCGAUGCAGAGGCCACGCCCUGGAGCUUCGACGUCGAGGGCAUCGUGAACAAGCAGAUCCGGGAUCGAGAAGCCGAGGAGGCGGCCGAAAAGAAGAAGGCCGACGAGGAGAAGGCGGCCGCGGACGAGAAGAAGGCCGCGGAGGAGCAGGCGGCCGCGGACUACGACAAGAAGUGGCGCAAGAUCUGGGCGCAGGUCGGGCUCGGCAUCUUGUUGGGCUUCGUUUUCAUCGUCGUUGCGUCCAUCCCCCACGACCACACGUUCAAGCCGCAGGCGAAGUUCCUCGGGACGCUUUGCUGCGGCGGCUCCGUCAUCUACUUCUUUUUCUCCCUCGGCAAGGAAUCGAUGGAGCUCUAG